AUGGCGAAGUUCAUUAGCACAACUUUGUGUCUUGUAGCUUGUAUUUUACUGAAUGUUCAAGGAGAAAACGAACUAGUCCCAACGUACUUUGCAAGAAAGUAUAAGAAUGGAAGCUAUAUAGAUGCGACUAUUAAAUCCAACUGGUUAAAAAUCACGCUGCAUCCUAGCUCAAUGCUGCUACAAAGUUCAAACACAGCAACUCUGAAUGUUCACCCUUCUCUUGUUAAAAAUGCUCAAUAUGUCAACGUUACUUGGAAGGGUGUUGCAAAUGCAAGCGCAGAUGAUUUGAUAGCUCUAUACUGUCCAGAGACAUCCAAAGACAAUGACUAUUAUGACUUCUUUAAUGUGGACCAGUCUUCAACGUACAGUCAAGGUUAUGGUGAAUAUGCUGUACGAUUAUAUAAUGUGAGGACAAAUUGUGAAAUGCGAUAUUUUCGACGCGUGAGUAGUUCAACAGGGCAGCAGGAAUUUGUAGCAAGAAGUAAUAUUGUGAUGUUUGAAGGCGGACCCGAGCAGCCAUUACAAAUACAUCUCGCUUUGACUGGAAAUCCAACUGAAAUGAGAGUGAUGUGGGUCUCUGGCACUGGUGAGGCUUUUUACUAAAAUAACAUGAAGUAUCCAUCCUACUUACCUUCACACGUAAAAAUGAACAAGCUGUUCCAGGUUGAUAUCGACAGGCUUGAACAAGGUUGUGCUGCAGCCUAAGAACAAGUUGUUAACAAUGUUGUUGCAGCGUUGUGCAGUUGUAACAAUACUGUGACAACAUUGUUGACAACUUGAGCACAACCUUGUUCAAGCCUGUCGAUAUCAACCAGAAACAAGUUGUGGGUUUUUACGCGUGUAGACUUAUUUUAUAUCCACAUAAACUUACCAACCUAAUGUUUUUGUCUACCAGAUCAGGCACCCAUUGUGAAGUUUGGUCGCAGCAAAACAGAACUUGGCUCCGUCGCUGAAGGAAAGUCUCAGACAUACACAGCAGAUGACUUUUGUUCUCUUCAAGGAAAGUUUAUUGAUCCUGGAUAUAUCCACGAUGUUCUUCUCACCGCCUUAAAACCAUCCACAGUUUAUUAUUAUUCAUGUGGUGUGACAGGGGUAAGAGAAUGUAGACUUGCCUACCUACCUACCUACCUACCUACCUACCUACCUACCUACCUACCUACCUACCUACUCACCUAUCUACCUUAGCUACGUAAAACGAACGCUAAUAUAUGUUCCACCAAUUCUAUUUCAGCACAUGAGCUCGAUAAGAUCAUUUAAAACAGCACCACAGAUUGGACCAGACGUUGGUUUUAAGUUUAUAGUAUAUGGUGAUCAUGGCAUACUACCAGCGGCCUACAGUACUGCUAAAUAUGUUUUUAAUGAUGUAAAGAACGGUUAUGAGUUUAUUUUUCACAACGGAGACAUCUCUUAUGCCAGAGGCAUGGUAAGUCCAGCUUAGCUUAGAUUGGAAGGAAGAAUUCCAAAAGUUUUCAUGUGUACCAAACAAUUAAUUGCGGGAGUCUCAUUGUUUUUUUUCUCUUUGUGCUUUCCGAGUCUGAGUUUUCUUAACAUACAUUGUUUUGAUACCACACAAACGUAAAUUAAAUCAAUUAAACACUGGCUGAUUUAAAAAAUUACAUCAUACACUCAAGUUAUAUACUAUAUAGUGAUUUAAAACGCAACAAAAUAUAUUCAAAAACUCCACUAACCAGGUGCGGUGAGAGAGACCAUACCAUUGCUUCGUAUGCACUCAAAUUUCGGAAGUGUUUAUUGAAACAAUAUUUGAUCUUUUACCAGGAGUAUAUUUGGGAACAAUGGCAUGCACUGAUUGAAACAUACGCCAGUAUAGCACCAUAUAUGGUAGGUAUUGGUAAUCAUGAGCAGGACCAUAUUGAUGACUCGGGCAAGGAUCCUAGUGGAGUAAAAGGGGAUGGUUGGCAUCCUUGGUGGGGUACAAUGUAUGAUGAUUCACAUGGAGAGUGUGGAGUGCCAAUGUUCUAUCGUUUUCAUAUGCCUGAUAAUGGCAACUAUGUAUGGUGGUAAGUCUUCUAAUUGAUCAAUAAUUGAUAAUAUUCGAGUAGAAUACAGUCGUCGUCACCAGUCCGAUAUGAGAAGAAUUCUUCCACGUUUUCUUUAACCAAACACUUCAGCUUUUCUUUUUCCCCAGGAUAAAUUCGGAACUGUGCUCAAAUUCGUGCGGGUUUAACUUAGAAGAACAGUUUAGAAAUAAUAAAGAAAUCCAGUACACAUUUAGUUAGUUGGAAUAAUCGUUGAGUAUUGUUAAAAAAAUGGUUUCUAUUUAGGUAUAGUUACAACUAUGGCAUGGUCCAUUUUAUCAUGAUCAGUACAGAACACGAUCUCAGUCCGGGAUCGAGACAAUACGUUUGGUUGCAAGAAGAUUUAAGAACUAUUGACCGUUCAAGAACCUCGUGGGUGAUCCUUGGAGGACAUCGACCAAUGUACACCAGUGAAAUUGAUCCUGGUAUGUGAUAAUAUUCUCGAUCAAACGCAUUAAUAACUUAUGAGCGAGAAACAUGACCGAAAUCAGUACCGUAUGACCGUAUAAGCCGAGUUACACAACACGACUUUUGCCUAAAACUGUCGCAUGCAACCUGCUUACAACUUAGGUUGUACUGUGUAAAUGAAGCACACACGUCGCUUACGUUGUCAUAGGUGAGUUGUAUGCUUGACUUGAUGUAUCUACUCUGUGGUGUGACACUUUCCUCAGGUAGCACAAAUACCAAUUGAUUUUAUUUUUUAUUUAGGAAAUUUCGUUGUGGCGUUGGCUUUUCAGUUUCUAUUCGAAGACCUAUUGCACCAUUACAAAGUUGACUUGGCAUUCUGGGCACAUUACCACAGCUACGAACGCACAUGCGCAGUUUAUAAAAAUGCAUGUACUAAGGAUGGUAUUGUGCACAUUGUUAUUGGUACUGCAGGAAAGGAAGCUAGGUGGCCGCCCUAUCUGCCACCUAAUUGGUCCAAAUUUCGCCGCCAUGUUGAUCCGUAUGGUUACGGUCGGGUAACGCUCGCGAAUCGCUCGGCUUUGCAUUUUGAAUAUUUCGUGAAUAGCGAGGAGAAAGUCGUUGACGAGGUUUGGUUGUACAAGGAUAACUAG